AAGAACAGAGUUGAUAAAACUGACAUGCACAGAAGAAGAACAAAAUGAAAAUGGCGUUUUUUAUGUGAACAAGUGAAGAGAAGUGCACAUAUUUUAUAUAUUAAAAUAAAUGAAAUAGCUUAAACUAAUUUAGUUACGAAAUGCACAAGUGAAACAAGAAAUACAAAGGCUCAAAUUAUUCUUAAAAAUGUGCACGAAUAUAGUAAAUUAAUGCCUUUAAAAUAUUUAACCCAAAUACAAGUGAAUCAGAAUUUUUCAAUGCAAUCAAGGUACACCGCGCUGACGUCGCACCAACAAUAUUAAUAAACCAGUUGUAGACAACCACCAAUUAAGGCUGCAAUAAGUGCAAGUGAACUCCAAGAAAAGUAAUUUCCAGUAAUAAAAGAGAAAAGGGAAACAUUUAAAAGUGAACAACGAAAACAACAACGAAGCCUAAUACACAAAUAAGUUCUGUCACGCGAACAGCAAAAUGGGCCAGGUAGCCCUAUGCGGCGGCUGCUGCAAUAGUGGGAUGCGGCCAAUGUGGCUGGUGUAAUUACAAUUUUACGCUGCAUUUUGGAGCUACUUCGCAUCGCUGCGCAUGAAACGCUUUACUGAUUUUGUUAUUUGGUAUUUAUCUUUGCCAAACGCUCCUCCGUGCUCUAACUAUUAAUGUACAUUAGCGACAUAAAAAUUCGGCAUUCGAGCAUCAAAUUCUCAACAAAGUUUUUCUAAUUCUAAUUAGAAUUUUAAUUUGAAUAAAAUCUGUUCACCUCAAUUCCAUGUGUGAUAGUUUCUCAAUUCGGCAAGUGCUUAUAUUAUUUACAAUUAGGAAUUAAUUUAUUUUAAAAUGGAAUUAAAAGUUUGGGUUGAGGGCAUACAGCGCAUUGUGUGUGGCGUCACUGUAACCACAACAUGUCAGGAUGUUGUUUUCGCUCUGGCGCAUGCCACUGGAAAAGUGGGUCGUUUCACGUUAAUCGAGCGUUGGCGCAAUAAUGAACGAUUACUUGCCCCAAAUGAAAAUCCGUUAAAGCUCCUAUUAAAGUGGGGUGAGUAUGCGAACGAUGUGCAGUUCAUCUUGCAAAGGUCCGAAAAUAAACAACAACAACAACAACAGCAACGCGGAGAAUCAACAGGAGCUAACAACAACAACAACGCUGGCAGUGAUAGAAAUUCUACCCAAACAAAUGCUGUGGUACUUAAGAAACCGUUGGGUUUAAGCAAUACAAAUAAUAACGUAAAUAACAGUAAUAAUAAUAACAUCAAUAAUAAUAGCCAUAAUUCCAAUAAUAUUAAUAUUGCGAAUACACUGAGUGCUCAACAACAGCACUUAAAUAAUAAUGAAUUAAACUUCAAUUUACCACACGACAAAACAAAAGAGUAUCGCAAAAGCUUCGGUGCUUACGACGCAAAACACAAUGAGAACAUUGGUAUUGUUAAAGGAAUUCCACAACGACUUAAUGUGAACAAUAAUAACAAUAAAAACAGUAACUUGUUACAAAAAAAUUCUCCCACACCUCCCACAAAUUCAACUGUAUCAUCUAUACCAACUGCCAUAUCACGCUCACCCUCAACUACACUAAAUACACAACCACAAUCUUCCCCUUUGUCCCAAAUCUUGCCAAAACAUGAAAAAUCUCAUUCAAAUCCUAUUGAGAUGUCUAGCAACUAUCAGCACACAAAUACGUCGAAUGCAGAAGUUGGUGGUGCUUUUAACGAAAACAAUAAUAAUAUAUAUCAUCAACUUGGUGCUCACAAUAGUAAAUCAAUCAACGAAAUUAAUUUAGCUGAAGUGCGUAAUGCACUUGAUCGUCGCACCGCAGAUAAUAGUCCAAUUGAAAUCAUGUUUACUACGCCACAACACAGUAGCAGUAGCAACGAAAAUCUACUUGACAUUUACAAUGGUAACGUAAAGUAUAAUGCUUCUCCGGACUUAUAUAAAAACACUCCUACAAUAUCUGCCAAUGGUGCUUUAGUGCCACCACCAUAUCGUGAUCCGCCACCACCACGUAAUAGUCCACUGCAACAGAUAACACAACAGCAACCGCAUCGAAUGCAUAUCGAUAAUAGUUCACCUGCUGGUCAGCAUGCAAAUACAAAUCCCUUCCUAAGCGACUACAGCAAUGAGUUUGAUGUGGAUUUUCAAAAUUUUAAUAGUAAUAUUAAUAAUGUGAAUGUAAACAAUAUAGAAGAGAGUGAAAGUAUUUUUCAAGCUACACAAUACAGUGAUUUACUGCAGUUGAUAAAGUUUCAGCGGGAAAAAAUUUCAGCACAGCAAUUGGAAUUGAGUAAAUAUGAUGCUGAAAUAGUGUUCUUGGAAAAUAAGGAACGCGAUCAGGCGCAGGAACUUGAAGCCAUAUCACGUGAAAUAACAAAAGCAGAUCAAAUAUUUCGACAAGGCAGUGAACAGUUGCAAACUCUACAAUAUGUAGAAGAAGAAAAUGAGUUGGUAAAGCAACAAGAAAAAACUUUGAAGUCAGAAAUUGCUUUGCUGCGUUCUAAAUUGGCAAAUUGUGAAACUGAACUAUUGCAAUGCAAAAAUAAAAUACGUAUAUUAAUGGAUGACAUUGAGGUGGAGCAGAGAGCUAUCACAAACAAGCAGAAGAAUAAUAGGCAAAACGUGGAGCGUGAUUUCUUAAUGGAAAUGGAGCGUAUACAAAGUGAAAUUGAUUUAGCUAUACAUAAUACAGACACAUCAAAUAAAACUGCAGAAAAUUUAAAAAAAGAAAUAUUAUUAAUCGAAAAUGCCAUAGCUGAGAAAAAACGUCAGGUUGAGCAACUGGUCAAUGAAAUGAAAGAAGUUAAUUUACAAAGUUUAACAGUAACAACAUCGGAAGAGAUCAAACAUUUGUUGGAAGGUCCAAAUAAACAGGGUAGCAGUCGUCGGAUAAUUGGUUCGCCUCGACAACUGGAAAAUGCUGUGCCCACAAGCAAAAAUCCUCAUGGUGUCUGGGUUUAAUUGAAAACAAAUUUCAAAGUUUUUUUUUCAACAAAAUUACCUAAACAACGCAACUAUAUCACUUUAAUAUUUUAACUUUAUAUAAAUAGUACUAUUUCUUGUUAAAAUUUUUUAAAAAUGUAGUUUUAUAUUUAUACACAACGUAGAAAAGUUAAAAAAACGAAAAUAAGACAAAAAUGUAACGAACUUAACUUGGGAACAAACUAGGAAAUGAGUAACAUAUCUACAAAAAACAAUGAAUAUAUCAACAAAUACAUAUGCAUAUGUUUAU